AACAUCACCAAUUGUAAAACUUAGAGGAUAUAUGGACAAGGGAAAGCUUUAUUUUUUCAAAGAUAGUAUCCUGAAUGGUUACAAGAAGUAGCAUAUGCUCAAAUGAUGCCUAAAUAGUUCUCACUGCACGCAGUCAAGCAAAACGGAAUUUCGACCCAAUUUUUGUCCAUUUCAAAGUUUCGUGGACACAAGAGAAAAUGUACCGGUCAACCAAAGGAGCAUCAAAAGCUCGGAGAGAUCAAAUCAACGCAGAGAUUCGCAAUCUAAAGGACCUGCUCCCUAUCUCCGAAGCCGACAAAGCUCGACUUUCAUAUCUUCACAUUAUGUCCCUCGGCUGCAUUUAUACAAGAAAGUCCGUCUUCUUCUCACAAGAAGCGGGCGCGCUGUCCUUGCCGGAACUUUCGGAGCUCGUGCACACUUUACCCGGCUUCAUGCUCGUUCUGACGAGUGAAGGAAAACUAUUGUAUCUGUCGGACAAUGUCACGGAGCACCUCGGCCAUUCCAUGGUGGAUCUAGUCGCUCAGAGUGACAGUGUGUUCGACAUUAUAGACCCUGCCGACCACUUUAUCGUAAGGGGAAACCUUGUGCCAACCACUACACCUGACACUGAUCGCCUCUUUCGCUGCCGUUUCAACACUUCAAAGUUUGUAAGGAGGCAAGGAUCAGGGAACAAGCAGACGCUUGUCCGAGCACGCUGUGUGCCCUCUCCCUACCAAACAUCCACAUACUGGACCUCUAACCCAGUGUGGGUGUGUUUUUGCUCCCCGCUGGAGUCCCAUGUCCCACAUGUUUCUUUGGCCAGGAAUCCGCUCCCCACCCCACCGGCUGAGCAGUCUUUCCAGCUGUCUUGUUUCCAGUCUCAGCACAGCCGGGACAUGAGAAUCCUUGCGGCACAAGACAGUAUAAGCAUGUACCUCGGCUAUGACCUAGAGACUUUGCGCCAUCGCUCUUGGUACAGUUUGAUUCAUCCUCGUGAUCUCUCCCACGCCUCUGCACAGCACUGCGCCCUGCUGCAAGAAGGAGGGGAGAGACAGGUGGAGAUGGUGGUCCAAGUAGAGGCAGCUGAUCACUCAUGGAUCUGGCUAUAUAUAGUUCUUCAGCUGGAAUCUGGAGAAUUUCCCAUCAACAGCCACAACUACGUCAUAAGUGAGUCUGAAGCUUGGUCGGUGCGUCAGCAGUUAUAUUCAGAGCAUAACCACCUAGCUCUCCUGUACCAGGAGACACGUCAAUGCUCUGACCCUCUGUCCAGCCCAGACCAAGUCUUCACUCCAAGCAGCAGUGGCCUGUCAUCCCAAUCUUUUGACUUCAGCUUCACAACUUCUGGGCGUAGCUCCUCUGAGGAGUUCCCCGGUACCUCUGCCCCAUCCAACCUGCCACUUGCCCCUGAUCCCCUUCAAGAGUUUCCCCAGGAUGAAGAAAUCAAUCCUCAACAGCAUGGCAGUCACCAGCUGUGGCUUGCAGACUCAUCAAAACAGGCUUCUAGACCAGCCUUCCCUAUACAUCUGACCAACCCGAACAGCAUCCCAGGUCUUUCUUUGGUUCCCCAAACCAUCACCCCAUCAUUUCCUCCAUUCAAAGCUCCUAAUCACCAAAACUCAGAAGAGUUUAUUUGUACACCCCCCUACACCCCUAGAGUGGGAGGGGGGGCUUUUAUAUUUGGUGAUGAGCCAUUUCAAUCAGACCUGGGUCCUGUAGGUAAUAGAAGACAGUCUAUGACAUCAGUGUCUGUAUCUGCUGGUUUGGGGCAAACAACGGCAACCCAACACUGCCGGAAACGUCUUUACGAGACACUGCCACCAACUCCGGACAGCCUAGGGAAUGAUGAAUGCAUUCUCAUGGCAUUGCCAGAAAUCAGGGGACCUUUAUUUGUAGACAUCCCUCAUCUCCCCUUCCAUGGUCCCCCUGAAGGCCUUUUGACCCCCGAAACCUCGCCCACUAAAAAACCCUGUUUGAGUUUCUUCUCUCGAGAGGAGAAGAGUGAAAUAGAAAGAAUGGAGAUCUCUCUCCUAGCUCAGUAUAUUAGCACUGUAGCUGAAGGUUUCUGUCACAACCACCCACAAGCCAAAUGUAACCCUUUAUCGGCUCCCCCGCAUCACGCAUCUUCCCACAAUCCCGCUCCAUCCGUUGAGGGGCCGCACUCCUCCGUGGCUCACAUUGAUGUCAGUAUGUUUGAGGAGAAAGCAGUCGAUGAUAUCCCUUUGUCAUCCACCUCCCCCAUACCUCUCUCACCUUACUCAUCUCCAUCGACGCUCACCUACGCUCAGCGCUCCACUCCUACCCCUACGAGCCACUACUCUCCUGUUCACACCCAAGAGGAGAUCACUCUGAUCGGUGUACACCACCGCUGUAGCGUCCAUUCGAAGCAGUGUAAUUGCACGGGUGGGGUGCGGGAAGCGGAGAGUCCUGAGGGAAAAGCUUUCACAGAUAGUGUGAUGGACGUGGAGAUGAUACCUCCAAUGAUGUCCAAUACUAUUCCAGCCUCCCUGGGGUCCAUCCCAGCUCAAGCACUUCGAGCUCCCACCCCUGCUCUGCCUUGUGCCCAGUCCCUCCUAGAGGAGCUGGUCAGCAUGGAACCUAUGUUUGGGGCGACUGCCCCAAUGACUUCUGCCAAGAGGCAACAAGAUGAGUUGUAUCAACUCCCUUAUCAAGGCGGUCAACAGAUCUUCUACCAAGAUGGAACAAGUGAUCACAUGUUUUAACAUAAGUCUGUGACUUAAUUCAAGUAUGGCAUAUUGUCAUCUUUUACGAAACAGUUUUUUCUGAUUUUUUUAUCAUUUUAAUCAAAGUGUAAAAAGACAAGCAAUCAGAUAUAUAUGUCUAUGAUUCAUGAAAUCACAUGAACAUGUAUCUAUUCACUAGUGUCACUUUGGGGAACAAAAUACUUAAAAUGUACCUGAUAAGGCAAUUAAGCAAAGUGCCGCUUUGUAUUCACUUAUAGUGAAGAUUGUGCUUUACAAAUCAAAAGAAAUAUGUUGAAUACUAAUGACUGUAUUGAAGCCAUCGUAGAGUUCUACGGUUAAGUAGAGGAUUGAAUCCUUCUCUCUUUUCUAUUUGCUUUUCAUUGAGCUUGUUUGCAAGACGUGUUUGUGUCAGUACAUCCUUGCAGUCCAUAAAUAUAUAUAGAUUUAUAAUGAAUGUUUUAUAAAUUGUAUAUUACAAUAAAUGCUAAUACAAAUA